GUUCCGUGCAGAGGCAAGGGGCGUCCGCGGAGGACAAACAGCGGAGAGUCCCCAGGCGGACGUGCGCGAAGGUGAUGCAACCGCCAGGCGGGAAGAGGGGAGCUGGGGUCGGGACUGGCGAAGGGAUGCGCACCGGCUGCAGCCGGGUGGGCGGGCAGGCACCGGGCGGGGAUUCGCCGGCUGAGUGAUGCUCCCACCGCUUCGAUGACUGGCUCAGGGAGGCAUCUCUCAGCCGCCGCCCCUGCCAACACCCCGCCCGCCCUGCCGUCCCGUUAUAAGAGCGCUCGGAGCCGUUCGCCACUUCGCCACAACAUCAUAGACCGGCGAGACCUGCGCCUCGCUGCCGCAGCAGCAACGCCGCCGCCGGCGGUCCCCUGGCUGGAGCCUCGGGGCGGGGGAUCGGGGGAGAGAAAGCGCACCCUGAAUCCCCGAGGCGAUCCUGGGAAGGAGCUCCUUAGCCCCGUCGAGAGCGGAGCCCGGCGCGCCCCGGGCGCCUCGCCAGCAGCAGCAGCCGCGGCGGCGGCUUCUCCAAGGUGCGGCGGGGCGCUCCUCUCGCUCUCCGAAGCGCGCGCGCCUGGAUGCCCGGCUGCGGACCCGCGCCCUCUGCCGGCGAAGCCAUGACGCCGCACAGCCGCUCGGAGGCCGGGAAGCCUGAGCAGGCGGCCGCCGCCGCCAGCCGCGAGCUGGAGUUGCGCGGCGCGGGCGCCUCUGCCUCGUCCCUGCCCGCGGCGGUGCGGGGCGCGUUGGAGCUGGCCGAGGCCCGGCGCCGGCUGCUGGAGGCGGAAGGGCGCCGGCAGUUGGUGUCGGAGCUGGAGAGGCGCGUCGAGCAGCUGCACCGCGUCUUCAUCGAGGCCGAACUGCGCAUGGCCAACCGCGCCGAGAGCCUGGGCCGCCUGGGCAGCGGCGUGGCGCAGGCCGAGCUCUACCUGACCGCGCACGGGCAGCGCCUGAAGAAGAGCCUGCGGCGCUGCAAGAAAGCCAGGCCGCCCGCCUUGCUGGCUUCGGCGCUGGGACUGGGCAGCUGCGUGCCUUGGGCUGACUGCAGAACGCGCCGCGGCCGAGGGGGCGCCCCGGAGCCGCCCGAGUCCCCCUUCAAGAGGAUCCAGCAGGGGGCAGCUCCUUCUCCCCAUCAGCCCCGGCGAACCCGGCCUUAGAAGUGGGGUGGGGCGCUGCACCCCUCUGCCACCCGCUGGGGGGGGGUUGUCGCUAGGAAGGUGGGGUGGAAGGCGACGGGUGCUAGUAAGCGUGCAGAGGGUCUUCCUUGCAGAAUUUUCCUCCAAGGAUGGGGACCGUUUCCCGAGCCCCCCAGAGCAGGAGGGUGUGAUGAUGAUCUUGGUGAGCAUCCUUCCUUCCUUCCCCAUCUGCUUGUGUCAAACAGCUCCCUCCAGGCAGAUCCACGUUAUGCAUUUAAAGCAUACUUAAUGCACAUUUAAAGUAUAUGACUUCCCCCAAGGAAUCCUGGCAACUAUAAUUUGUUAAAGGUGCUGAAAAGGUCUGUGAAGGAGUAAACUACAGUUCCUAGAUUCUUUGGGGGGGAGUUGAAUAUGCUUCAGAUGUAUAGUGUGGCUCUUUUCCAGCUGCUCGUCGUCAUCAGAUCUCUUGGCCUUGGGCUCAACUGUAGGAGACAUCUGAUUCUUAUGACCAUCUCAUUCAUUGACUUUCCUUUGGUUUGGAUAAGUUUGGCUUGCAACCAGCCCCAGAUUCAGCUGCUGCUCUGCUGCUCUUGAACUGGUCUGCUGAAGCUUUGAAGUUGUUCCAGAACUGGCUUUUUUGCUCUGACGGUCAGAGGGUGAGAUGAUGGUGAGAACCAGUCCUAGACUGCUGGCCUUUAGGAAGCAAAAAACAGCACCUUCUGCUCCUAGCCAAUGAGUCCUUUUUACCAGGAGUCGAGCAGUUGGGUGCUUCAGUUUUGACUUUUAGCAAUGUCUGUUACCACAGGAGGCCUCUGCACUGCAUUCUAGAGAGGACCCAGAGCAAAAUGGGCGGCAUGGAUAUGUCUAGGCAGCCAUUUUGGCAGCAGCUGGAGAGAGGCUGUUGAGUCUGCUGGUUCUUAUGCAAUCGAAAAGUACCCAUCUGUUUUGUAGAAACUCAUCCUCUUUAGUCCAGGGCCUGGGAGAGCUUCUGGAUUCUGCAGAACUUGGAAACAUUUCAUCUUUGCAUAACUCUUAAAAGCAGACAGUUUUUUGUGACUUGACAUUGCCCCUCCUUAACUCUGCUAGUACCCAUGGGGCUUUGAAGAAAGAAAUUUUGGUUCAGGAGGAGAAGAGCAAGUCCCAUCCCUCAGAUUUUUUUUGGCUUGGCUUCCAAGUUGUCUGCCAAAGAUUCCACCUUGAAGUUGCUUGUCCGGCCAUGGGACUUUAUUGAUGUGGAGGAGUAGGCUUGCUCAAAGGUAAGCACCUGCUUGACAGACUUGACCUUCACCUGACACUCUGCUGCUAGAUCUUCCUCAACGCAGGUGCUUCUUUUUCCCAGCAAGGCUGCUGGUCAUGCUUGACUUCUGUUCUCCCCUCCCCAUCACAUUUCCGCUUACUGGAUCCAAGAAAUUGGCCUUAAUUUUGCCCUUGUACAUAACAAAAGCUUCCUUUGUACACCAGGGGAAACUGCUAUCGAACUGCAACCAAGACAAGAGGUACCCCGAAUUGCUCCUUCCUGCUGUUUUGGACAAUGGUGUUAAGGGGGACUAAGCAGGAACUUUACCCUACAAUGAUUGUAUUAGAGCUCUUCUUUAGCCUCUUGUCUAGCACUUACUGACCUGAGUUGGACUGACCUGCUGUUCUGAACAUCAGAAACACUAUAAUUUCUCAUAUUGAGAAUCUAUCCUGGUCUUUAUGGGGGCUAGAUUUUGCCUCUUGCUGGUUAGCUGAUGGGAACUUCUGAAAUACUUUUAUUGCACUUUUAAUGUAGAUGUUGGCGUUGCUUUGCCAUUUAGAAUCUUACAGGGUAACGAAUGGGUGCAGAAUAUCCACUGGAUAUUGUGUCCUUGAUCCUCUGUAUCCAACAGGUUUGGGUAUAUGGGGUGAAGAAAUGCCAGUUUUGUACUUUUGUAUUAGUUCCACUUUCAGCUGCUUUGACAAAGGAACAGAUUGAAUCAGAUUUCAAAACGGGGGCCAAAACAGGGCCCUGAAAAUGCUGAAACAAAGCCAGGCUGCAUUUCUCUUAGGUAGGGCUACAGUAUGUGCUUAGAAUUCGAAACUAAAAUACUCGUUAUGUAACUGGAAUGUACUGUGCAGUCUAAGUAAUACUGGACAAAAUUGCACAACUUUCUCACUGCAAAAAUAACUGUAGGGGUUUUCUUGUAGAAUUUGGAUUGCUUUUGCAUUUAGCGAGGUAGCCUAGUUACUCUUCUGCAGCAAACGCAACAAGGAGUGUUUGGCACCUGUGAGGUUCACC